GGGAGCCAAUACCUGAAAUAUGAAUACUACCACCACUACUCUUUAAUUUAUGAGCAAUAGAGGCUCAGCUCAAACCAUGUUAAAGGCCUCCCCGGCCCCCGCUGAGGGGAAUAUUUAGAGUCUGUCAACUUUCCAUCGCUCUUACGUUCGACGGAUUUUCUACCACCUCCUCCUGCGAUGGAUCGCGUAAACCCCUCUUUGGGUACUGUCUCGUCAGCCCAAUACAUUGGUGUAGGGAUACCUUCCAUUGUCCUUUCCAUCUGUUUUGUAGCGAUCCGGUUAUCGAAUACCUGGAGGCAGGAAAAGAAGUUCCUGAUUGAAGAAUAUAUUUGCAUCCUUGCGAUCGCCUUGUCAAUCCUUGUCUUUGCGCUAGAAAUAUACGUAGAGAGGACGUACGAGGAAGAAACACGAAAAGAAAUCUCAGCAUCAGAGACCAUAAAUAUAUCUACAUCGUUUUUCCUAAUUAUGGAAAUGGCUCAAACUAUUAUUGCGGCUUUCCUAUCCUUUUUCGCCAAGAUACCCCUAUUUAUGCUUUACAUCCGCCUCUUUGGAUCUAUCAAGUGGGUUCGGAUGACAUGCUAUUUUUCGAUUGCUGUCACACUUUUGCAAUUCACAAUAGGUUCGUCCCUAUUGGGGGUAUUUUGCAAUCCGGCUGGAAGCAAAGUUUUAAGUCCGUUUGGCGUCUAUCGAUGUAGUACCUGGAUUUUCUACGUUGUGCUGUGGAACGGAGCCAUCGCACUGGUCACCGAUAUAAUACUCUUUGCUCUCCCAUUCCCGAUCAUCACCAAGCUGCAGCUUCAACGCCGAAAAAAACUAAACCUGGCCAUCGUGUUCAUGGCUGGAAUUGUUAUUGCGGAAUGCUGUGUAGCAAUUAUGAUCAGCUGUGUACCCGCCAUCCCGCCAUUCUGGGCCAACCAUUUCUCAAAAAUGACAUUUUAUCUACGAAUACGGUCUGCGAUAUCAAACCUACUUGCACGCAAAAGUAAAACUCCCAUGAGUAGUUGUGAGAACCUUCAAGAACACACCAGCAAUGAAGAAAAUAACAGCCAUCGCCUCGCCCGGCUCAACGAUGAGAGUGCCACUAAGAAGUCUCGCGAUAUGAGAUUUGAGAGCUCUGGAAGCUGGUUGGCUGUUUAAUGCACCAUAAAUAUCCCCCUGUCAUCGCCAAAAUACAGAGAAUCUUUAGAUUGAUAAUGGCCUAAGACAGCUUUAACACUUGCCGUGAUCCGGAGCAUUAUCGCGAGGUAGAGCAAGAAACAUCGAAACAACGGAGCUGUUUCGUGAGGAACUCUGACUAGGUAGCCACUUAGCUCCAGGAACUAGAGCUAGAUAUGCGGAAUGUAUCCUCCUAGGUAGAUAUCUCACCUGAGGCUAUGGCAAGCAGCACGUUCACCAUUAAUCCAUUUAGCUAGGUACUAGGUAACUCGUUAGUUUGCCCCUGAGCACCCAAACUACGGACAAUUCAAUGUUAUCAAGAUUUUGAUGGGUCGUGUCGAGUAAUUCAUAGAUGUCUUU